AUGCACCCUGCUCCUUCCUGUCUUCCCCUUGCCUACAUUCGCCAUUACGGCAAGAGACAUUGUCCACGUAUUUACACAGUACACUUUCUUUUCCUUCCUGCCUUUUACGAGGAUUGUUUACAAGCGGGUAGUAAACGAGCAACCGCGUUGGCGGACAGAAAGAGAAGGUCGGAGGGUGGAGAAUCGACAGACGGGAGGCCCGGGGGGAUUCAAGGUGGCCUGCUGCAACCAUCACUGACUAACAACGACAACCUUGACAACCACACAACCACACAACCACAUCGACCGGCUUCAUUUCGUCCCUCGAUUUGUGCAAUCUCUACCUGCAGAUGUGCUGUUCCCCUCCGUGAGAUACCUGCGUUCGCUGUGGUGGGUGGCGGGCCCAGAGUUAUCGCUCGGGCGGAACCUUUGGGCCCGCUGCUGGCCAUGUCCGACUGCAUAGUGUCUUAUUCGAGACAUUGGAUGUUGCCCAUCGGCUGCAUUUCUGUCCGGUAUCUCUUAGGUCCAUCCCAAGAGUUGGAUCCCAACUAUCUCUUGGGUGUCUUGACACGCCUCAGCCAAUCCCAUGUAUACGGCUACACUCUGACAUAUCACAUCACAGUUGUAGACCUGACAUCGUUCUGA